AUGGGCGUUUGGACCCUCAGCACCAGUAUCUUUCUAAAUCUUUGGAGGAGCUAUGUGUCUCCAAGGAGCACUGGGUGGAUGGACUUCAUCCAACACUUAGGUGUUUGCUGUUUUGUUGCUUUUCUUAUGGCAAGCCUCCUUUCUGUGGUCUUCUACUGGCUUUUGCCACCAUUCCUGGUGUUUACUAUCUCCUGGAUCACCACAUGUAUACUGCUCUACUGUUCCAAGCACGCUCGAUGCUUCAUGCUUCUCCUGUUUCUCUCCUGUGGCCUGCGCGAGGGCAGGAAUGCUCUGAUCGCAGCUGGCACAGGGAUAGUGAUAUUUGGGCACGUGGAGAAUCUUUUUCACAACUUCAAGGGCCUCCUGGACAGCAUGGCUUGCAACCUAUGGGCCAAGAGCUUAUCCAUACAUUUUCCACUUUUGGAAAGGUAUAUUGAAGCUAUUCGGUGGAUUUAUGGCCUUGCAUCUCCACUAAGUCCAUUCAAUGACCUUAUUUCGUGGAACCAGACCCUGGUGGUCUCUCUUUUCAGUCCCAGUGAAGUGGUGAAGGCGCAGCUAAAUGACAGCAGAAGCGAAGUCCUGCUUGUGAUGUACCGAAUGAUGACCACCGCCGAAGUGCUGUCCUCCUUCGGUCGGCGGCUGUUUGCUGUCGUGGGGCUCGUGCUCGUCGUCCUCGGCACUGGUCUCUUCAUGAAGAGAUUUCUGGGCCCCGGAGGCUCAAAGUUUGAAAACAUCUAUAUCACCAGCCAAUUUGUUCAGUUUGAUGAAAGGGAGCGACUCCAGCAGCGGCCCUGUGUCCUCCCACUGAGGAAGAAGGAACAGAAGACGUACGUUGUCGUCCCAUCUUUCUGUCUGACUCCCAAGGAACGGAGAAACCUGGGACUGUAUUUCAUCCCUGUACUCACCCACCUCUACAUCUGGGUGCUGUUCGCAGCCGUCGACUACCUGCUGUAUCGGCUCAUCUGCUCCGUGAGCGAGCACUUCCAAAGCUUGCCAGAGCUGGAGGUGCACUUGAAACUACACACAGAGGUACAAGGACCCAAAGGCAUCAUCAAUGAUUCAUCUUUUCAUAUAUCUCUGUUUGAACCCAGCUGUAUUCCCAAGCCACAGCUCCUUCUGUCUAAGACCUGGGUUCCUCUCAUGAUUAUUCUUGUGCUGCUGGUAGCAUUGGGACUGUUGUCUUCCACCCUUAUGCAACUUAAAAUCCUGGUGUCGACAUCCUUCUACCCGAGUGUGGAGAGGCAGCGCAUCCAACACCUGCACACCAAGCUACUCAAGAAAAGAGCAGAGCAGCUGCCAGAAGCCCGAAGGAAAGGGAGUCUGUAUCUUACAAAGAUUCACUUCUGGCUUCCAGUCCUGAAGAUGAUGAAGAAGACACAAAUAGACAUCGCAAGUACAGAUGGCCCAUGA